AUGCCUCGCCGACAGUUCAUCGAUAAGAAGAACGCGACAAACUUUCGUCUCGUCCACCGCGCCCAAAAUGACCCGCGGAUCCACGACGAAGAUGCCCCGCAGAUGGUCUUCGCUGAGACCAGCGCACCCAACCAGCGCGAAGAGGACCAGCCCGCUGGAAGUUCACGUGCGUCGCAAUACUCGUCCGUGACGGGACGCAGCGCAAUCAAGUCAAGGCGCGACCUAGAGAGCGAAUAUGGCGACAAAGUACGGAAGAACGAGGGCGAAGCGGCCAACUAUGGCAUCUACUACGACGACAGCAAAUACGACUACAUGCAACACAUGCGCGACCUGGGCUCCGGCGGCGGCGAUGCAUACUUUGUCGAAGCCAAAGCCGAGAAGAAGGGAAAGCAGAAGAUGGAUUUGGCCGACAUGCUGCGCGACGCCUCACUGAGCGACAGCAGAAGCCAGGCCGACCUCAGCGUGAGCAGCAACAUCAGCAGUGUGAGCGACUUUUUUGGCGAAGACAUGGCACCCUCAGAGUUCGUCCGCAAAACCACGUACCAAGACCAACAAAACAUUCCCGACGCCCUCAGAGGAUUCCAGCCAGACAUGGACCCGCGCCUGCGCGAAGUGCUCGAAGCGCUCGAAGACGAAGCCUACGUCGAAGACGACGAAGACAUCUUCAACGACCUAACCCAAGACGGCUACGAAGUUGAUCAACGAGAAUUCGAGUCGACAGACUUUGACAACGCGGGAGAGGACGACAGAAACCCCAUGGACCGUUUCCUCGACGGCGACGACGACGCAGGCUGGGAAUCCGAUGACACAGUCAAAGCGCCUUCCCCCAGACAAAAGCCCGCCAGUGGCGAGAUGCCUGCGCCAGACGAAGCACCCGCCCCAGCCGACGCAGCCGACCUCGCCUAUCUAGACGAAUUCAAGAAGUUUAAACAAGACGUAAAAGCCGCCAAACCCCAGAACAACAACGAUGCCGCCAACAGAGGCAUCCCCGAUAACCAGUCCUUCAUAACAGGCGCAUCAGGCCUAACUUCAGGCGGCCGCCACAAGAAGCGAAAAGGCGCAAAGACAUCUACAUCUGGCUAUUCAAUGUCUAGUUCUGCGCUCCACAGGACCGAAGGACUUACCUUGCUGGACCAGCGCUUCGACAAGAUUGAAGAAGAGUAUGCUGACGAUGGGUUCGGGAAUUACGAUGACAUGCCUGAUGAUGCGUCCAUGGUCAGUGGAAUGAGCAAGAUGAGCAAAAUGUCCGGUAUGAGUGGUAUGAGUGGGUGGUCGAGCUCAGAGGCGCCCCCGCUGCGCAGCGAUUUCGAUAGCAUCAUGGAUGAUUUCUUGGGGAACCAUCAUAGUGUGGGUAAGAGUGGACGCAGGGUUAAGAAGGGUAAGCAGCAGAGUGGGCUGGAGCAGUUGGAUGAGGUGAGGAGGGGGCUUGGGGCGCCCAGGGUGAAGCCGCAGGAUAAGUUUAGUGUGUUGAGGGCUUGA